AUGGGGGAAUCCAGUGAGCUGGUGCCCCAUUCAGGUGCUGUGUUUACAUUUGGAAAAACUAGAUUUGCUGAAAAUAUUCCUAGCAAAUUCUGGUUUAAAAAGUACAUACCUAUAUGUCUUUCCUGUGGAGAUGAACAUACUGCCAUUGUUACAGGAAAUAAUAAACUUUACAUGUUUGGUAGUAACAACUGGGGGCAGUUAGGAUUAGGAACAAAGUCAACGGUUAACAAGCCAACCUGUGUUAAAGCUUUCAAGUCUGAAAAAGUGGUAUUUGCUGCCUGUGGAAGGAACCACACCAUAGUUUCAACAGAAGGAGGCAAAGUUUAUGCAGCUGGAGGAAAUAAUGAAGGACAAUUGGGACUUGGUGACACUGAAGAGAGGAACAGUUUUCAGCUAAUUAAUUUUUUUACAUCCCAGCAUAAGAUUAAACAGCUUGCUGCUGGAUCCAGCACUUCAGCUGCAUUAACUGAAGAUGGAGAGCUUUUUAUGUGGGGUGACAAUUCUGAAGGACAAAUUGGUUUAAAAAAUUUAACUAGUGUGUGUGUCCCUCAUCAAGUUACCGUUGGGAAGCCUAUUUCCUGGAUCUCUUGUGGCUAUUACCAUUCUGCUUUUGUAACAAAAGAGGGAGAACUGUAUACAUUUGGAGAACCUGAUUGUGGGAAGUUAGGUCUCCCCAAUCAGCUGUUGCUCAAUCAUAGAACACCCCAGCAGGUGUCUGGAAUUUGUGAGCCGGUUAUCCAAGUAGCCUGUGGUGGCGCGCACACAGUGGUCCUCACAGAGAAAGCCGUGUACACCUUUGGCCUGGGACAGUUUGGUCAGCUGGGUCUUGGUCCUUUUCUUUUCGAAACUUUAGAACCCAAAGUUGUUGAUCAGAUUGAGCAUCAGAAAGUAAGUUAUAUUUGCUGUGGAGAAAAUCACACAGCUUUGAUAACAGAUGUAGGCCGUCUGUAUACUUUUGGAAAUGGUAGACAUGGAAAACUAGGACGUGGAUUGGAGAAUUUUAACAAUCAGUUCAUUCCCACUUUGUGCUCUAAUUUUUUGAGGUUUACAGUUCAAUUGGUUGCUUGUGGUGGAUGUCACAUGCUAGUUUUUGCUUCUCCACGACAUGGUGUGCCAGAAGAAAUUGAUUUUGAUGAAGUAAAUGACUCUUGCUUACCUUCAAUGACUUCUCUACCUGUCAAUGAUCUCUCAUCAGUGAAUGUUCUAUAUAGAACUUUAUCAGCACAUGUGCGGCGAAGAAAAAAGGAGAAGUCGCCUGAUUCCACUCAAAUAGUACAAACACUACCUCCAAUUGAAGGGAUUUCUGUACCACCUGUUGGUUUUGCCCAUGUGCCUACAAGUCCUUCAGCAGAACAAACAAUAUCUGGAAAGGGGGAUACCCUUUGCUCAGUGCAACCCAGUUAUUUUCAAGAUAAAAUAACCAAAGAAAAAGAAACAAAUAAUCCUUCAGCAGCAGAUUCAGAAAGCUUUGGAAAAACCACAGAUGUCUUAAGUAUGACACAUGUGAUCAGCAUGAAUUCCAAUGACAAGUCAUUAAAAUUAUUGCCAAUUCAAAAACAAAAGAAACAAACAAUGAAGAAACUGAAACAGCACAUAGCACAUACUGAAAAUGAUGAUGGGAAUGAACAUGAAAGUAAAGAGAUGUGCCAAAAUAUGAAAGAAGGGAAAACAUAUAAUCAACUUUUGGCAAAAGGAAUCUACAUGGCUCAAGCAGCUGUGCUUAUGGGAGCAUUUUCAAAUAAGGAUGUACAGACUCAAGAGCAGAAAAAAAGAACAGAGGAUUCAGAAAGUGAAUUAAAGGAGCAACACACACACCCACACAAGAAAAAUAUAGAGGUGUACGGAAGAAAGAAAGAGAAAGUAGAGAUCUUGUUAGAAUACCACACUGACAGGGCAGAGCAUCCUAGAUGUUCAGAAAAUGAAGGGUGUGAAGAUGUAGAUGAGGAAAUUUCUAACAAUCUGAAAGAUGAAAAGAAAGCCAUGGGAGACUAUAAAAAUCUUAAAGAUGACCACAGUGAGACAGAGGAGCAAAAAGAUCCAGACAGCUCAGUUAAAAAAAACAAGUCCAAAUGGAACAAACAGGCCAUUUACAAAUACAAUGAAAAUCCAAAAGGAAAUAUGCAUAAAGAGCUAUAUUAG